AUGGUCAAGAAGAGAAAGAACAACGGCCGAAACAAGAAGGGCCGCGGCCACGUCAAGCCCAUCCGAUGCAGCAACUGCUCGCGAUGCACUCCCAAGGAUAAGGCGAUCAAGAGAUUCACCAUCCGCAACAUGGUUGAGUCCGCUGCUAUUCGUGACAUCUCCGAUGCCUCCGUCUUCGCGGAGUACACCGUCCCCAAGAUGUACCUGAAGCUGCAGUACUGCGUGUCUUGUGCUAUCCACGGCAAGAUCGUUCGGUAUGUUGUCCUCCUUUGCAGGAGUUUGACGACUGCGCCAUGGUUGCCCUGCCCCAGCGCAGUCGCCCACUCCUGUGUCCGUUCCGUCGUUGGCCGCCGCAACCGCGCUCCCCCUCCUCGCGUCCGCUACAACAAGGACGGCAAGAAGAUUGUCCCCACUGCCCCCAAGGCUUAG